AGCCGCGGCCACCGCCGGGGCUUGGCAGGAGUCUCCCGCCUGGGCACGAAGUCGUCGCCCGCGGGCCUCCGGGCCCUCGCCGGAGCCCGCCGCACCAGCCCGGCCCCCCCAGCAGGCGCCGCCACAGUGGCCUGGGCGUGAGCGGCCGUUACUAGCUGCGCGCUGCCCGCUACCCGCUGCCCGGGACGGACGCCGAGCCGCCCGGUCACGUGCACCCAAGUCCUCGGCUGGCCGGGGCAGCACCGUGCCCAUGGUUCAAGGCUGUUGAUGGAGAAGGGGGCGGAUGACAGCCGGGACGGUGGUCAUCACCGGGGGCAUCUUGGCGACUGUGAUUCUGCUCUGCAUCAUCGCUGUCCUGUGCUACUGCCGGCUGCAGUACUACUGCUGCAAGAAGGAGGAGCCCGAGGACGACGAGGAGGAGCCUGACUUCGACCCGCACGCCGGCCUGCCCCCGCUGCACUGCAACCGCAACCUGGUGCUGACCAACGGGCCGGCGCUGCGCCCGGCCGCCGCCGCCUUCGGCCAGCGGUCCCCGCAGGCCCGCGCCCUCUGCCGCAGCUGCUCCCACUGCGAGCCGCCCACCUUCUUCCUGCAGGAGCCCGAGGACGAGGGCGUGCCCAACGGCGGGGAGCGCGUGGCCUACCGGACCCUCAGCCAGGAGGACGUGGCGCUGCCGCCCGCGACCUUCGGGGGCCUGCAGGCGCUCAACCCCAACCGCCUCUCCGCCAUGCGGGAGGCCUUCUCGCGGAGCCGCAGCAUCAGCACCGACGUCUGAGCCCCCCGUCCCCUGCCCCCCGCCCCCGCCUCGCCCACCCCCGGCAGGCCCCCCCACACCAUGGAGGGGUCCCUGCGGCCCGCCAGCCCGGCCCCAGCCCCAGACCCCGGCUUGGUCCCGCCUUCCCGGCCGCCCUGUCCUCACAGGGCCCGGCCCUCGGGGGGCUCGGGGGCCCGCGGCAGGGAUGAGGCCCGAGCAGGCAGGCAGGGCCAGGGUUAGGGGUGGCCGGGCUGGAGGAGAGGCGGGCGUGAUGUGGCACAGGUGAGCUCGGCCCCCAGGUGAGGACCGAGGGGUGGGGCAGGGUCCGGCGCCCCGCCGCCCUCAUGCGGGUGUAGUGCACGGUGGCCUCCCUC